AUGUCGCCUUAUGUAUCGCAACGACAUAGCGACAACGUCAUGACCUAUUCUGAAUGCGCGUCGGGAAGCUGCAGCGCUGGUUUGAACUGCCGCAAGAACGCUAUACAACGUCAUCGGUACCCUAAAACGACGGUUGUAGAGUGCCCGAAGUUCCAAUACGCGUUGGGGCUUGAAGAAGCUGACACGAAAAUCCUUGAGUACGUGGGGGAGCGUAUUGGCAAAGCCGAGUUCACGCGUCGCAAACUCAUGGCAUGGAUGGAUACCUUGCCACCGUCUCACGAGAACAAGGGUUACAACAGCGAAAGUUAUGCCUUCCUGUAA